CUCCUUUCCGAGUGUUGUGAUCCAUUUCAAAGUUUUGAGUAAGGAGUCACCUAAGAUUGUAACCUCGAGGCUCCGCCUACGACAACUCUCCUUCUCUCGUUGCCCCGUCCCGUUCCGCCUUAUCCUCAUCAAGAUCGUCUAGGCCAUGGACAUUGCUCCUGGCACCAAUGGGCCACGCUCCUUCAUGUCAUCGUAUGUAUCUCCUUCCUCGCACCAAGCAGACCUCACUCUAAGUGCCUCACAAUUGUUAGACUGUAUCACCUGUGAUGGUCUGAUUCAAUAUCAGCCACUUCCCUUGCGGUCUGCAAUGAGGUCUACUGCUGCCCGACCUGAGCGAGGCUCUGGAAGCAAGCCUCAUAACAAUGCCCAAAUUAGGCCUGCAACUCCAACAUCAUCCUGCAAAUUGCCUCCAGAAACCAGCCCUUCGGUCAGAAACGAGUGUACACAGACUUCCGACGAGGCGUUGAGCUUGACGGCUGCGCACAAAUGGCAAGCGUGACUUCCCACCUAGCAGGCGCCUUCUCCAAGACGAGAACAU